UUAGGUAUCUCAUUCCUUCGAUCGUUCACGUUUCAGCCCCAGACCACCACACGGCCGCCGACUCUGUCUCGGUCUCGCUUUUUUAUUUCUUCAAUCUUCAAACCGCAACCAGAAGAAGAACACUAUUAUUUUCGAAUUUCGGAGUUCGAAGAAAUUUGUUGAACAGUCAGGUGCGAUGGAUGUUUAGGUUUGAUUCGUGGUGUUAAUUUUCGGUUUCUUUAUUGAAUUUAUUAUUAGGGUUUGCGUUCAUUUUGUAGCUUAUAGAUUUGAAAGUUUUUGUAGAUGAGUUCGUAGACAAGGUGUUCUUUAAUUUGCUUGUGAAGGAAAAAAAGAAAAUAUGUUAGGAACAGGAGCUAUUUUGCCCCUUCCUGCUCCGCCCUCUGAUGGAAAUCUUGGUCCUCUUCCGCUAUCUCAAGUUUCUGAGGAGGAACAGAAGAAGGAUGAGAAUCAAUUGAAAGAGGAACAGAGCCAAACCAACUCUGUUCCUGCUUCUAUUGCAACCCACACAAGAACUAUUGGGAUAAUUCAUCCCCCUCCUGAUAUUAGAAACAUUGUUGAUAAAACUGCUCAAUUCGUUGCCAAGAAUGGGCCUGAAUUUGAGAAGAGAAUCAUAGCAAAUAAUACAGGGAAUGCCAAGUUCAAUUUCUUGAUUCCUUCGGAUCCUUACCAUGCUUAUUAUCAGCAUAGAUUGUCUGAGUUUCGUGCCCAGAAUCUUUCUUCUGCACAGCAGCCGGCGGAUUCAGCUGCACCUGAGGGUGCCUCUGUAGCGCCACCGACUUCUACUGCUGCUGAUGAGAAUGAAAUUGCGGCAGCAGCAAAGCCGGAUCCAUCUGCCCAGUUUAGACCUGUAAAGAAAGUGCUUGAGCCCCCAGAAGCUGAGCAGUAUACCGUUAGGCUUCCUGAAGGGAUUACUGGGGAAGAACUGGAUAUCAUUAAGCUGACAGCUCAGUUUGUAGCUCGAAAUGGGAAAUCUUUUUUGACGGGAUUAACAAGUAGGGAGAUCAAUAACCCACAGUUCCAUUUUCUCAAGCCUACUCACAGUAUGUUCAUGUUUUUCACUUCGCUCGCGGAUGCUUAUUCGAAAGUGUUGAUGCCUCCUAAGGGAUUGACAGAGAAGCUUAAGAAGAGCGUUGCGGACAUGACCACUGUGCUUGAACGGUGUGUGCACCGGCUUGAAUGGGAGCGGUCGCAAGAGCAGGCUAGGCAGAAAGCUGAGGAUGAGAUUGAGCAAGAAAGGAUACAAAUGGCCAUGAUUGAUUGGCAUGACUUUGUUGUGGUUGAGACUAUAGACUUUGUGGACGAUGAGGAUGAGGACUUACCGCCUCCAAUGACCCAUGAGGAGGUCAUAAAGAGAAGUAAGGUUUCAACUGUUGAAGAAGAGAUUGUUGAGCCUGGCAAAGAGAUGGAAAUGGAAAUGGAUGAAGAAGAGAUGCAACUUGUUGAAGAGGGCAUGAAAGCAGCUAGACUUGCAGACAAUGAUGAAGAAAAGAAGAAUGAGAAGAUGGAUACAGAAGAACCAGAACCGCCAAUGAGAAUCGUGAAGAACUGGAAGAGGCCUGAGGAGAGGAUCCCUGCAGAAAGAGACCCAACCAAGUAUGUUGUUUCUCCGAUCACUGGUGAGCUAAUUCCUAUCAGUGAGAUGUCUGAACACAUGAGAAUUUCCCUCAUUGAUCCUAAGUACAAAGAACAGAAAGAUAGAAUGUUUGCCAAGAUUCGAGAAACUACUCUGGCUCAGGAUGAUGAAAUCUCUAGAAAUAUUGUGGGACUUGCAAGGACCCGUCCUGAUAUUUUUGGUACCACAGAAGAAGAAGUCUCUAAUGCCGUAAAGGCUGAGAUUGAAAAGAAGAAAGAUGAGCAACCGAAGCAGGUUAUAUGGGAUGGUCAUACUGGAAGCAUUGGUCGAACUGCUAACCAAGCCAUGUCACAGAAUAUGAAUGGUGAGGAUCUGAAUGAUCCUAAUAACUUGGAUUUAAGGACCCUUCCUGGUCCUGCAGCUCCUCCUCCAAAACCUGGUGUACCAUCAGUCCGGCCACUUCCACCACCUCCCGGACUGGCUUUAAACCUUCCUCGUGUGCCUCCAAACACAGUUCAGUAUUCUGCUCCGAGCAGUGGUGGACUCCCUGUACCUCCACCCAGGCCCUCACUUAUGCAAAUGCAAAUGAUGCAAUCACUUCGGCCGCCUCCACCACCUAUGCAAAUGGGUUCUGGACAGCAAUCCCUUCUAAUGAAUAGGCAACCCCAAUUGCCUUCUAUGUCUAUGAAUGCAUCUAGUAUUCCUGUACCACCGCCGCCGGGAUCUCAGUUUACACCUCUGCCAGUUCACCGACCUUAUACCCAUCUUCCUGGUCCCCCUCCCACAAUGCCUAUGAUGCCUCCACCACCAUUGCCACAGGGAAUGCCUCCACCACCCCCACCUGAGGAAGCUCCUCCUCCUCUUCCUGAAGAACCAGAGCCAAAGAGACAAAAGCUUGAUGAUUCUUUGCUUGUUCCGGAAGACCAAUUUUUGGCUCAACAUCCGGGACCUGUACGCAUUACUAUUUCUGUUCCAAACGUGGAUGAAGGAAAUCUCAAGGGUCAACUUCUUGAAAUCACAGUACAGUCUUUGUCUGAAACUGUAGGGAGUCUGAAAGAGAAAAUUGCUGGAGAGAUUCAACUUCCUGCAAAUAAACAGAAAUUGAGUGGAAAACCUGGGUUUCUCAAGGACAACAUGUCGCUUGCUUAUUACAAUGUUGGAGCUGGAGAAACACUUGCUCUUUCAUUAAGAGAGCGUGGUGGUAGAAAGAGAUGAAACAGAUUCUUUUGUAAGGUUUUUGUAUGGAAUUUUCUUUUUACCAUUAGAGAAUGACACAUUAAUAUUGGGUUCUGUCUUUAGUCUGAGUAUGCUAGUUUUAGUUUACCUACCAAAAAUAUUCAAGCAUGUUUGUUACUGAACUUAUUUUUGGUAAAAGAUGGUAACCUCUUUUCCGUUUCGUCAUUGUGGCCAUAGGCGAGGAGAAAAAAACCCUUUUAAUUAAAUAGUAGUUAUAUAAAUAGUAUUAGUUAAUGUAAGUUUACAGUAUGUUUUAUUAUUUAUUAUUAUUAUUGCUUUGAAUA